AUGGAUGAGCCAGUAUCUAGAUUAAAACACCCGUUACGAAAUAUUGAUAAUAACGGAGCAUACAAGCUCAAUCCUGAUGAAAUAGAUCCGAAAUAUUACGCACCAACACCUGAUGAACAUUUAACAAGGACUUUGAGAUUACAAAAUGGAAACGCAAAUAGAAAUGACUUGUCAAUCGACUUAAGAACUCGCGAGACUGGUUAUUUAGGUGAUGGAAAAUUUUCGCCUACAAUUUUUGAUAAGCUUGGACACAACGAUGAGAAUCAAAGGCCCAAACCAAACGUUCCUCCCAAAAUACCGAAGGGCUUGACAGCAGCUGAAUACUAUAUUUUGGAAAAGGAAAGAUACUUGAAUGACUUGAAAGGUCAGAGACUAUGA